AUGAAGUUCUAUAUCGACGACUUGCCGGUGCUCUUCCCGUACCCGAGGAUCUACCCUGAGCAGUAUGCGUAUAUGAGCGACAUUAAGAAAACGCUAGAUGUUGGUGGCAACUGUAUUCUAGAAAUGCCUUCUGGAACAGGUAAGACUGUUUCGUUGCUUUCGCUUACGGUGGCGUACCAGAUGCAUUAUCCUGAGCAUAGGAAGAUUGUUUAUUGCUCUCGUACAAUGUCAGAGAUUGAAAAGGCGCUUAUUGAGCUUCAGAAACUCAUGGACUUCAGGUCUGCUCAGCUAGGGUACGUUGAGGACUUCCGUGGUUUGGGGCUUACGUCGAGAAAGAACUUGUGCUUGCACCCGGAGGUGUCUCAGGAACGUAAGGGUGCUGUUGUGGAUGAAAAGUGUCGUCGUUUGACCAAUGGCCAGCUUAAACUGAAGCUUGAGUCUGAUGGUGUGUCUCAGGAACAGAUGAUCCAGAACCCAGACCAGCUAGGGUUGUGUUCGUACCAUGAAAAGUUGAACGACUUUGAUCAGCAUGACUUGUUGCCUCAGGGUGUGUUUUCUUUUGAAUCUUUGCUUGAAUACUGUAAGAAGGAAGGUACAUGUCCGUACUUCACUGUGAGAAGAAUGAUUUCGUUCUGUAAUGUCAUCAUUUACUCGUAUCAUUAUUUAUUGGAUCCAAAGAUUGCUGAGCGUGUUUCGAAGGAGCUCUCUCGUGAUAGUAUUAUUAUCUUCGACGAAGCGCAUAAUAUCGAUAACGUCUGUAUCGAAUCGCUAUCGCUUUACUUGACUGACGAUACUAUGAAGAGGGCGUCGCGAGGCGCCAAUAAGCUUGCGGAUGCCGUGGACGAUAUGAAAGCCCAGGAUUCGGAAAAGCUACAAAACGAAUAUGAAAAGCUUGUGGAAGGUCUUCGACAGAAUGAGAUUGCUCGUGAGGAGGACCUAUUCAUGGCCAACCCAGUGCUUCCGAAGGAUCUCUUGGAUGAGGCUAUUCCUGGAAAUAUCAGAAAAGCAGAGCAUUUCAUCUCCUUCUUGAAACGUUUCAUUGAAUACUUGAAAACAAGAAUGAAGGUGCUUCAUGUCAUUAGUGAGACUCCGGUUUCUUUCCUACAGCAUCUCAAGGAGCUUACGUUUAUCGAUAGAAAACCAUUGCGUUUCUGUUCUGAACGUUUAUCGCUUUUGGUCAGAACGCUAGAGCUUUCUGAUGUUGAGGAUCUUAACGCCUUGAAGGAUAUCGCUACAUUCGCAACGUUAGUCUCCACCUACGAAACCGGAUUCCAGCUUAUCUUGGAACCAUUCGAGACAGAGGGUGCUACCGUACCCAACCCCAUUUUGCAUUUUACCUGUUUGGACGCAUCGAUUGCCAUUAAGCCUGUGUUUGAUAGGUUCUCUUCUGUCAUUAUCACUUCGGGAACAAUUUCUCCUUUGGAUAUGUACCCUAAGAUGAUGAACUUCCAAACCGUCAUCCAAGAGUCCUACACUAUGACCUUGGCCAGAAGAUCUUUCUUGCCAAUGAUCGUCACCAAGGGUUCUGACCAGGUCUCUAUCUCAUCCAGGUUCGAGAUCAGAAACGAUCCAUCGGUGGUUCGUAACUACGGUUCCUUGCUCAUUGAGUUCUCCAAGAUCACCCCAGAUGGUAUGGUUGUUUUCUUCCCGUCCUAUCUCUAUAUGGAGUCGAUUAUCUCCAUGUGGCAGAGCAUGGGUGUGCUUGACGAAGUGUGGAAGUACAAGUUGAUCUUGGUGGAGACGCCCGAUGCCCAAGAAACAUCUUUGGCUUUGGAAACAUACCGUAAGGCUUGUUCUAACGGCCGUGGUGCAGUUCUUCUUUCCGUCGCUCGUGGUAAGGUGUCGGAAGGUAUCGAUUUUGAUCAUCAUUACGGAAGAACUGUGCUUAUGAUUGGUAUUCCUUUCCAGUACACCGAAUCCAGAAUUUUAAAGGCGCGUCUUGAGUUCAUGAGAGACCACUUCCAAAUCAAAGAAAACGAUUUCCUUUCUUUCGAUGCCAUGCGACACGCCGCUCAGUGCUUGGGACGAGUCCUUCGUGGUAAAGACGACUACGGUAUUAUGGUUCUUGCGGAUCGUAGAUUCGCCAGGAAAAAGAGCCAGCUUCCUAAAUGGAUUGCCCAGGGUCUUUAUGAUUCUGAUACAAACUUAUCGACAGAUAUGGCGUUGGCCAAUGCCAAGAAGUUCUUGAGGUCGUUGGCGCAGCCCACUAACCCUGAAGAUGCCGAGGGAGUGUCGGUUUGGGACCUCAAGCAGUUGGAAGACCACCAAAAACAGCAACAAAAGAAGAUUGAUAAGAGAAUCGAAGACGACGAAGCAGCCGACGACAAAGGAGAAGACGAUUUCAUGGAUCUUGACGAUGCUGAUCUCGAGCUUCUCUAG